GCGGGGCCUGAGGGGGCGUGGUCUCUCUGCUAAGCCACGCCCCUCUCUUCCCAUUGGCUGCCGGCCCCUCCCCGGCGGCCCUAGGCUGGCGCGCGAGCGGGUUUCCCGCGCAGCGCGAUGGCGGCGGAGCGGGGCCUGGAGCUGGUGCGGGAGCUGCACCGCGCCGCCGGCGGGCACCUCCCGCCCUUCCGGACGGAGGAGAUGCGGCAGGCGCUGGAGGAGAUGCGGGCGCUGUACGAGCGGAACCAGGCGGAUGUGUCCGAAGCGAAGGCGGGACGGACGGACUUGAUUUUCCUGAUCCGGUUCCGGCACUGCUGCCUGCUCCGGAACCAGCGCUGCCUGCUGGCGUACCUGUAUGACCGCUUGCUGCGGAUCCGAGCACUGCGGUGGGAGUACGGCAGCGUUCUGCCCAACGCCAUCCAGUUCCACAUGUCAGCUGAGGAGGUGGAGUGGUUCAAUCGGUACAAAAAGUCUCUGGCUACCUACAUGAGGUCAGUAGGAGGAGAGGAGGGGCUGGACCUCACACAGGACAUCAAACCUCCUAAAAGCCUGUACAUUGAAGUGCGGUGUUUGAAAGACCACGGGGAAUUUGAGGUCGAUGAUGGCACGACCAUCCUGCUGAAGAAGAACAGCCAGCACUUCUUACCACGCUGGAAAUGCGAGCAGCUGAUCAGACAAGGAGUCCUGGAGCACGUCCUGAACUAGGUGUGCAGGGCAGGAGGGGACAGCUCCUGCCUGGGGGCCUGCCCACCGUGGGGGCUGAGCUCUGGUGUGUGCAGGACUUCAGACACCUCAGUAUUUCUGCAGUGCUAUCCUGCCACUCCUAAUAGCCUUUGAAGCCUUAAAAGUACAGCUCUUCAUGAGCAAAGGGUGCUUGCUGGGAAUACAGCAGUCCUGGGAAUACAGGAUAGCAGGGGGCAUUAUCCAAGCCCCACAGCUACAACCAGGGUUUGUCAAUGUGUUUUUGUUGGAGUAGUUCUUUGUUCACCCUGUGCUUGUGGGAGUUAGACACCUCUAGAAGCCAGGAAAACUCUAGGGUUGCAAAAUAAAGAACUCCUUCAGCCUCA